AUGAGCCUAGAGCUAGGCACGAUGGACGAACCAAGCAGGAAGCGCUUGAGGACGUCGCAUGCAUGCGACAUCUGCAGGUCCCGCAAGAUCAGGUGUGACGGGAAUCAGCCAUGCCAGGGCUGCACCAACUCCAAGCAAGAUUGCUCUUACGGCUCCGAAGCCAACACUCGAGGCAAGAGCGACCUCAUUCUUGAGGGUGUGUUGAGAGUUGAGCAAUUACUGCAGGCUAUGCAAACAUCUCUGUUGACAUCGCCAACGAGAGCUGUUCAUGUCCAAAGUCCCAUCUCAGCACCACCGCUGUCCCAAAUAUCAGCAGACGACGUCCAUCCCAACCAGCACAACAAUCUGGAAAAUGCUAUACUUGAUUCCUUGCACACGUCCACCACUGAGUCCAUCCUCUCAUGGUCGUAUUUCGACUCGUUCCCAUCCAUUCGCCAGAACUAUGUCUCCAUCUUCCAGCUCGAACAGUCACGGCCCAGCCUGCCCAUGCGAGUAAACUCCAUGUACCCGUACUUAUCUGCAGCAGACUUGGAUUCCAUCCUAAAUGCCUUUCAGCGAGGAGUCAACUUCUGGUAUCCGACGCUGUCAUUGAAUCAGUUGGACAAUGUGCGCACGUUGGUGUCGCGCGGCCUCCUCGAGGGCACAGAUCAAGUGACCGGUUGUUGUGCUCGUCUUGUCAUGGCGCUGGGGUGCACCAGCGAGGUUGUGAGCGGGUUGAUGGGCAGCGAAGACACCACGGCCAGCAAGGAGGACAUUGAGUUUAAGACGUCACGGCGGGCGAUGGCCGAGUUGUACUUUGACGGGGCGUUGAAGACCAUGCAUAUGGUCCACUCAGAGAUGAGCUGUGCAGCAGUUCAGUCUCUCUUCUUCACCGCCCUGUACUUUGCUUACCUGCGGCGGCCCCUUCAAGCGUGGAACUAUAUCCACGACACAGCAGCAAAAUGUCUCUUGCUCCUGUCUUACCCUCCGGUCACUGAACCCAUCGAAAACCAGGAGUGUCUCCGUCGCAUCUUCUGGGCCUGUUACAUCCUUGAGAGCGACUACUUAGCCGAACUGUCAGCUCUUCCAGUCAGCGGUAUCGCCCAAAUCGAAUCCUCCGUUCCCCUCCCCGGUUCAGCCAUACCGUACACCACCCACUCAGACGACAACGAAACUGAACACGCAUCCCUCUACUUCUUAGCAUGCAUCUCCAUGCGCCGGCUGUUGAACCGUGUGCAUCAGCUACUAUACGCGAGGAACUCGGGAGCCGCGACGGAUAUAUCUCGAUUCCCAGCCAUCGUCACGGAGCUUGAUCAUCAGCUGGAAGAGUGGCGCGACGUUCUGCCGCACGCCUUCAAGUUCAGUACUAGUGACUUGUCUGAGUACCUGAGCGAAUGCCGAGGCUUUCUGAGGCAACGGUAUUUGACCUGCAGGAGCGUCAUCUACAGACCGUUCCUGGCCUGGCUUCUUGCCAACGGGCCCAGCGAUGCUCAUGGUGUGCGCAAGGCUGAGAUUCUGAGCCGGGCCAGGAUUUGUCUGGAUGCUUGCACAUCCCACAUUCUUGGCCUUACGGGAUUUUCUCACACAGUUCUUGUCGAUACUUGGAUUUGUGUCCUAUCCAUGGCAACGGCGAUGAUGAUACUCCUCGCGACGUGCAGCUCGGUCCGAGAGAUCACCCAGCUCCGACAUGACAUAAUGCACACCGGGCCACACUUACGCAAAGUCUUCCGAAGGUGGCAGGAAGUUUUGGGCACACCCGAAUCGCCGAGCGUGGAUCAGGGCAUGCGAAUUAUAUACGAGACCGAAAAGUUGAUGCAGGGACUGGGGAGGCGAACCACGGCCACGGAUGAGGAGGUUGUUGUGGCGGCUUUAAUGUGUGCCAUGACGGAAAGGUAA